AUGGAUCCCAUAACGAAAGACAUCAAAGACGCCGACGUCUACAAUGUCAUCACUGACAUUAUGGACGUGGUCCAUUUUGCAGCGGCUACACCAGUAAAGGCAUUGCGCGGCGCCCGUUCCAAACCCGGCGUAGAGCUCGAGAACUCGAAAAGUUCACUGCAAGAGUCUAUGCAUAGGCUAAUCAACAGUCCGCAUGAGCAACCACAGGCACAGCCUCAGCUACAGCUCAGUGGCAAAGCUGUAAGCGCGCUGCGCACCCUUUACACGGCAGUGCAGAGGAGGAAGGACUGUAUUCCAGAGGAAAGUGAGGCGGCUGGAAAGGAGCUCGAAGCCGCAUUGCUACAUGCAGUGAUGGCCUUGGAUCCAUCGCGUAAUUUCCCUGAAGAAGAGGUCAAUGAGAAUCCGGAUGACAAGCAGGGUAGGGAAAUGCUCAGUACACACAUGCAGUACAAGACAACUGACGCGCCCAUUAUAGCUGAUACUUCUGUGCGUACAACUCGCAAAAGUAAACGCCUGGCUGCGCUACCGGCUAAGAGGUACAACGACGAGGAGGAGGAGGAUGAUAUGGAGGCAUUGGUGGAUCCGGACAAUACCAACAGCCCCGUCAACGACGGAGAGCGAGAGGGAGACGAAGAUGAAGUCAUGCAAUAA